GGCUUUCGCGGGCGGUGGUAACGUUAGCUGGCCGUUGGCGCGCGGCGCGAUGGGCAGCAGCGGCGGCGAUGCGUGGCCGCGCGGAUCGGGCGUGCCCAGCUUCGCCCAGAUGCUGAAGAGGAACCUGCCUGGGCCGCCGUCCUCGCGCCUGCCAGCUCCGGCGCUGGGGUUGGGGCUGGGGACGGGCCCGGGCCUGCUGUGGGCGCCGCUGGAGCCCGAGGCCAAUCUGGCCUCCCGCGUGACGCCGCUCACAGGUCAAAUUCAAGAAAACCUGUACUUCAAAGGAGCCCAGCCAGCUCCAAACACAUUGCUCCCUCCAAAGAAAAUACCAAAGGAGUUUAUUGUAAAAUAUAAACGUGGAGAGAUAAAUCCAGUGUCUGCCUUGCAUCAGUUUGCGCAAAUGCAGCGUGUACAGCUUGAUCUGAAGGAAACUGUGGCAACAGGCAAUAUCUUGGGGAGUUACUUUGCUUUUUGUGCUGUGAUAGAUGGGGUUCAGUAUAAGACUGGCUUAGGGCAAAGCAAAAAGGAAUCCAAAUCAAAUGCAGCAAAACUGGCUCUUGAUGAACUAUUGCAGUUGGAGGACACAGAACCAAAGGUUCUUGACAACUCAGGUCCUCCCCGGAUUCCUGCAGAACCCAGAGUUUCGUCAGGACCUACUUGCGUUGCAGAGUUUCAUUAUGAGGGAAGGCAUCUGGUUUAUGAAAAAAUUUCACAAGCAGUCAAGCAAGCAUUUAACAGUCUGAUUGCCAAAUACCCUGUGUUUCAGAGUUGUAGCAGUUCACUGGCUGCUUUCAUAAUUGAAAAAGCUGGUCAGCCUGAAGUUGUAGCUAUAGGAACAGGGGAAUACAAUUACAGUCAGUGUUUUCAUCCUGAUGGGAGAGUUUUGCAUGAUAGUCAUGCUAUUGUUACUGCAAGACGCUCACUGCUUAGGUAUUUUUAUAGGCAUCUUUUGCUCUUCUACAGUAAAAAUACUGCUUUGACAGAAAAAUCUGUGUUUUGUAUGGAACCAGCAUCAAGUCUGCUUACUCUAAAACAAAAUAUAAAUAUUUUCCUCUACUUAAAUCAGUUGCCAAAAGGAUCUGCUCAGAUAAAGUCACAGCUACGUCUCAAUCCAAAUUCUAUAUCUGCAUUUGAAGCAAAUGAAGAAUUGAGUCUCCAUGUUGCUGUAGAAGGCAAGAUUUACCUAACAUUUUAUUGCCCCAGUGAAGUUGCUCACAGAGUGAACAGCAUGUCAGCCAGUGACAAACUAACAAAAUGGGAAGUUCUCGGUGUCCAGGGAGCGUUGCUGAGUCACUUCAUUCAGCCAGUUUAUCUUAGUGGCAUACUUGUUGGAGAUGGAAACUGCAGUAAUACAAGAGGACUAGAAAUAGCUGUAAAACAGCGCGUUGAUGAUGCACUCACUUCAGAGCUUCCCAUGUUUUAUUUGGUCAACAGACCUCAUAUUAGUUUGGUUACUGCUACGCACCCAGUUGAGGUAGAUGUGGAAAACAGGUGUCUCAGUGUGAACUGGUCACAAGGGGACACUUCGUUGGAAAUUGUGGAUGGGUUAAGUGGAAAGAUCACUGAAAGUUCACCAUUCAAAAGUGGUGCUUCAAUGGCAAGUCGUCUUUGCAAGGCUGCAAUGUUAAGUCGUUUUCAUCUGCUCUCUAAGGAAGCAAAACGAGAUGACUUGCUUGGUAUUUGUACAUAUGAAGCAAAGAUUAAGUCUGCAUCCUACCAAGAAGCUAAAAAAUUGCUGAAAACCUACUUGGAGCAGCAUGGUUAUGGAUCCUGGAUUGUGAAAUCUCCACGCAUUGAACAGUUCACCAUGUGACUACUAAGCUGAAUGUAUUGUGUUUUAUUAUUACUUCAAUAAAAUUUAAUUUUUGGUGAGUAAAAUAUUCAAGCUUUGGUAAUUUUAAUUUUUUCAGUUGGUGCCACUGUCAGCAGUAACAAGCAAAUUGAAUUUAACAAUUUAAGUAACAACAAAUUAAAUUUUUCAGUUUAAGCGCAGAUCUUAAACUGCCUUUUGUAACAAUUCAGUCCGAUUGAAAAAUGCCAGUCUCUUUUCACAAGAGUAGUUAUUAACAUCUUAAUAAUCUUAU